CACGCCACCAUCCUUUAUCUUUUCUUUCCCCCAAAAUACCUUCCAUCAUCGUCAUCUCAUCCCCAUUUAUCUACAUUCAGACAAACAAAUCUCUGCAAAUCGCUUAAAAAAUAAUGAAAAAACGCACUCUUAUCUUCACCUUUUUCCUGUUUUUCCACCAAUCAUUAUCUUUGGAUCCUAACUAUGAAGCUUGUGUUCCAAAAGACUGUGGAGAUGUGCGUAACAUUACUUAUCCAUUUUUCAUCGAAGGCGAACAGGAUCCCUCUUGUGGUUACCCUGGAUUUGAGGUCCACUGCAAUGAGUCCGCGAUGCUUCGGAUCUCAGGGAACGAGUUCGUAAUUAAAGAUAUUCGAUAUAGCAACAGCUACCUCCGACUCCAAAACGCCGCGAUUUUGCUUAACCAGACUGAACCAUGUCCGAAGAUGAUCAGGAACUUAACGCUUGACCCUAACCGAUUCCGGAUUGACAACGGCUCGAGUAUGAACCUAGUAUUCAUUUCAAACUGCUCCGGUAAUUUGACAACUGAUCUGGAAAAGUACAGUAUCAAAUCAUGUGAGAGAAGUAAUAAGGAGGUUGUCAUGCUUGAUAAUGAUCCGAAUUUGAGAAACGUAACGGAUAUUUGCGGCAACGGUAGUGAGAUUGUGGAGACGCCGGUGGAAUUAAGUGGCGGAGUAGGGAGGAAUCUGGUGGUUGACGGUGGUAAUUAUAGGGAUGUGAUGGAAAGGGGAUUCAUGUUGCAAUGGUUAGCGGCGGAUUGCGGUGUUUGCCUGAGUAGCGGAGGGCGGUGUGGGUUCAAUAGGACGAAGUUCGGAUUUCGCUGUUUCUGCCCCGAUAGACCUCAUAUGGUGAGUUGCAAACCUGGAAGAAAAGACUAUAAACCAAUAAUCAUUGGAGUUACCGUUGGAUUUGCGUUCAUCGUUACUCUUGCCGCCGCCAUUUUCAUAAUCCGGCGAGCCCACAACCACCGCAAAGCGAUUGCAUAUUCCCGAGACCUUGAAGGCAGCAGCAUCUACUUCGGUGUCUCGCUUUUCUCCUACGCCGAACUCCAAGACGCCACCCAAAAUUUCGACUCCUCACAGGAACUCGGCGACGGCGGUUUCGGUACCGUUUAUUACGGUAAACUCCGUGAUGGAAGAGAAGUUGCAGUGAAGCGAUUAUACGAGCAUAAUUACAAGCGAGUCCAACAAUUCAUGAACGAAGUCGAAAUCCUCACUCGAUUACGCCACAAAAACCUCGUAUCCCUCUACGGUUGCACAUCUCGCCGGAGCGUCGAACUCCUCCUGGUGUAUGAAUACAUCGCCAACGGAACAGUCGCCGACCACCUCCACGGCGACCGGGCAAAACAGAGCCCGCUGACGUGGCCGAAUCGAAUGAAAAUAGCAGUAGAAACCGCAAGUGCCUUAGCAUACCUUCACGCCUCCGAAAUCAUCCAUCGAGAUGUAAAAACGAACAACAUUCUCCUCGAUAACAAUUUCUGCGUCAAAGUCGCCGAUUUCGGACUCUCGAGGCUGUUACCAAACGACGUCACUCACGUAUCCACUGCUCCUCAAGGGACACCGGGUUACGUCGACCCGGAAUACCACCAGUGUUACCAGUUAACAGAUAAGAGCGAUGUCUACAGCUUCGGAGUGGUUUUAAUCGAAUUGAUAUCUUCAAUGCCUGCUAUCGACAUUAGUAGAUCUAGAGAUGAAAUUAGUCUCGCGUAUAUGGCGAUAAAUCGGAUCCAGAGAUGUGCCCUAGACGAGCUGAUUGAUCCGGUUUUAGGAUCCGAUUCUGAGACAGAGAGGAUGACGAGAUCGGUGGCGGAAUUGGCGUUCCGGUGUUUGCAAUUUGAUUCGGAAACGAGGCCUACGAUGAAUGAGGUGUUGGAGUUUUUGAAGGGGAUUCAAGGGGAUGGUGAUAACAGUGUCGGAGAGUUGAACUUGAACGCCGGAAAGGCUCAGAUGCCACCGGCUUCGCCGGAAACGGAAGAUGUGGUACUGUUGAAAGAGGUGGAUGUGGUCAUGGCGUCGCCGAUAACGGUGACGGCUAAAUGGCAUAGCACUGGUAGUGGAGUGACAACACCGACCACCAGUGGGUGAGGUUUAACAUGGAUGACAUGGUAGUGUAUAGGUGUAAGUUUUGUAUCAUUUCUAUAUAUAGAAAUAACUAUAAUUUGUACCUGGAUAAAGGUGACAAUUUUGCAAAUGGAUA